UCUUUCUUUUGUCUGAUAUCAUCGUUCAGCUGUUUUAACGCCGUCUUUCUGACUUCUCUUCUCUUUUCUUUUUCCUCUGCUUCUCCUCCGACUCUAGAUAAACUACCACACCCUCACGUCUCGUGCACCGCGCCUGUUUAAAGCCUGUCUCUGCUUGGCUGCCAGCACGUUCCGUGCGCCGUGGCGGGCAGGGCUGCCGAGCACUUGUUUCCAUACACUUUCAGCGUGGAGGUACACGGGAUCGGACAGUCUCCGCCUCCUGCGCUGACGUGCGCCGCAGUCCGCCCACUGAGGCUCCUUAUCCGCACGAAGUGGGCGGUCCCUGCGGCCAGGAUUCAGCGCCGUUUAACACGUGAGCCUCAUGUGACAGAGGCAGGUCAGGCUAACGCACAGGCAGAGGCUUUAUCUGACUCCCCUCUCUGUCCUCCCCCAGUCUCCCGACGCGCUAACCAGGAGCUUUACCUUCUUUACGCAGCGAUACAACGACUUGAAGUCGCUCUGCGGGGAUUUUACAACAAAAACAGAAAAGAGAAGAAAAAAGAAGAGACACCUGUCUGUGAAUUUCUGUCUAUUUUCAAGCAGAUUUAUUUUUAUUUUUGCAUUUGACCGACGGCUGACUUCGAAUUUAAACCGUGUUUUACUGAGUAAAUGCGCGCUUUUUUGUGAAGAAUUUGGAAAAAAGACUGACUUUUAGUGCGUAACUGGAAGUUUAAAAAACAAAAAAAGAAGAAAGAAAGAAAAAAAGAAGAAGAAGAAUGGAGCGGAUUCCAAGCGCGCAGCCUCCUCCUCCUCCUUCUCCUCUUCCUCUGUCCAAACACCAGGCUUCUCUGUCAGACGUGCAGGGGAUGGAUUUCCCCAUGUAUGUGUAUAAACCCCGGCGGGGGAUGAAGAGAGGAGACGAAAACAAGGAAACCUACAAACUGCCUCACAGGUUGAUCGAGAAGAAAAGGAGGGACAGGAUAAACGAGUGCAUCGCGCAGCUGAAAGAUUUAUUACCCGAGCACCUGAAGCUCACAACUCUGGGCCAUCUGGAGAAGGCGGUGGUUCUAGAGCUCACACUCAAACAUGUGAAAGCUCUCACCUCUCUCCUGGAGCAGCAGCAGCAGAAGAUCCUGGCUCUGCAGAACGGCAUCCAAGUCGAACAGCCUUCUCUGAGCCAGGAGAAGUCAGAGGAGAUGUUCUGCUCUGGCUUCCACAUGUGUGCCAAGGAGAUCCUGCAGUUUCUAACCAAUCAGGAGAGUCACGAUAGCUUCAGACCAACAGACGUGAUCAGUCACCUCCACAAGUUAGUGGCAGAUGUGCUGCAGAGUCCAAACAGACCACGCAGCCCUGCCACCCCUCACCACGAGAAGACCUCCUCCUCCUACCACCACCAGCACCAGCAGCACCAGCACCAGCACCAACCUCACAAAGAGAUCCACGCCAACUUACCUCCUAAACCGCGAGAAGGCUACGGUCAGAACUGCGUUCCCGUCAUCCAGCGGGCGUACGCCCCGGUGAGCAACGAGCAGAGCGGCAGUGACACAGACACGGACAGUGGCUACGGAGGAGAGUUGGAGAAGAACGAAGCCGGCGAGGCACAGGGCCGUCCGGAGUACUACGGCCAGGAGAGCCAGCUGAAGCGGCCGCUGGAGGAGCAUCAGAGCUCCGGCAUCAAGCAGGAGGAGGUGGAGCCACGCCACAAGCGGCCCCGGGUGGAGUCCUCUGAAGACGAGGGGCUCUCAGGUGGCGAGUCCUCCACGUCCUCCAGCGGUUACAGCAGUUACAUGAGCGCGUCUCCCAACCGCCCCGCGCCGCCUCACCCCCUCUGUAUGCCUUUCUACCUCAUUCCACCCUCUGCUGCUGCAGCCUACCUGCCCAUGCUGGAGAAAUGCUGGUACCCCGGGGCCGUGCCCAUGCUCUAUCCUGGUGUGGGAGGAACAGCGCCGUCCAUGUCCAGUGAAAGACCGUCUCCUCCUCAGCUGGUGAUGUCUCCCAGAGGAGGCUCUCCAGCUCCAGCUAUGUCUCAGAGCCCCAUGGACUCCCCCGCCCUCCUUCAGGCGCUGAAGCAGGUUCCACCUCUUAACCUAGAAACCAAAGACUGAAGGAAAACAGGGGGCGCUGUUUUAAUGUUCAAAAGCAGAGACAGUGGUAGGAGAGGAAGAAGAAGAAAACUGAGCCGUUAUCAUAACCCACCCCUCGGUCCUCCGGUCUGUUGGUCAGCCUGGAGGUCACGCAACGGAUCUGAGGAGUAGUGGUUGACGGAGGGAGCAGCUUCUGUCCGGGGAGGAUUCAAAGCUCACGUUGAAUGUUAAAUAUCCAGUGAUAUUAAUCAGUGCAAAUGUAUCAUACGGUAUGAAAUGGCCCCGGCCUUCAUACAGAGACGCUCUCUCUUGGUUGAAUGUAAAAGAAAGACAUGUUUUAGAUGCUGCUGUUUUAAGUAUAAACAAAAAACAAAAAAACAAACGCCGACGACACUGAUGCAUUUCACCCGUAGCUGUUGAGAUGGAAACUUGCCAUUUAGAAAUUGUUGCACCAAAUGUCAGUUGUAUAAUAUCACCCCAAAGUCUGUCAUCUACCUGUAAGUCGGCGGCGCUGUCGUCCAGACACUGUGAUGACGGGAGUGAAACUACAUCCAGUCCAUGGAUGGAUGAGCGGCCGCCGCAGGCUGACGCUGAAUGAGAAGUCUCUGUGUUGGUGUAAUUAUUGUUCAUAGGUCUUUUGUACAUUUCUGUUUUGUUUUUUUUUGGGUUCCUGUCCUUGUUCUCUGUCCAUCAGGUGAGAUGACAGGAGGGCAGAGUGUGGACACUUGUCUGUGGUGUACUCAGAACGACUGUGGACAUACUAUGUAGCACUGUGCUGGACCAGGUCUGCCUACUCCUCAUCUGUUUUUUUGCUCAAGUCAAACCCGGUGUUUGCUCUUGCCGUUGCCUUUAACUCGUGAAAAAGCUGAUAAAUCUCAGAUGUUCUUUCUCUGUGCAGCGUAUGAAUAGUGGUGUCAGAGCAGCGAGGAGGCGAAGACGUGAAUGUAAGUUUUACCAGAGGAUUAGUUUUCUACAGAAAGAGGUACUUGAGAUUUUAUAUUUUGGGACCUACGUGAGAGCUAUUGGAUGUACAUAUUUUUGUCUAUAAAUGUUGAUAUACAAUAUAAGUGUAUUAAUAAAGUAUUUUUUUUCUUCUCAGUGUAAA